GACCCCCCCGCCCUAGGAAAUUGGAGCGUGAAAUUCGAGAGCCUCUCAGCUCCGUACGUGUGGAAGCCAUUUUACAGCCGGCUCACGUGGAAAACCUGCGAGGUAUGCCAUUACCCCACAUUACUCUUAGUGUGGGUGACAGUAUCGCAGUACUCUUGGUAGAAUGUGGUGGAAGGCACAACUUUGUCGCACAACCUUACACACCACAUCUUAUUGAGCUGAUGGAAGCAAUGAGGGUUUAUUAUGAGCAUCAGUUGUGUACUCCUGUGUCAAUGUCCAAUUUUGUUGCUGGUGAUAUUUGUUGCGUUUUUCAUUCUGAUGAUCAAUGUUGGUAUAGAGCCAAGAUACUGUGGAUUUGGAUUAAUAUGCCAUAUGCAGCACAUGAAGAUAGCUGUUUGGUGUUGUUUGUUGAUUAUGGCACAAUAGAAAUGGUGUCUGGUUCGACAAUUUAUUCCUUGCAAACGGAAUUUUUUGAACUUCAUUGCCAAGCGCUAAAUGUAAACAUUUUGGACAUUUCAACAUUUAACUCACCGUACAAAUUUGUUGGCUCUGUUGUAUGCCUCAACAUAAGAUGUAAUGAUGGAUGUAAUUUCUUAAUUGGAACUAUUUCUCCUGAUAAUCUUCAAUGUGAAAGAAGAAUGAUUUCAAUUGAGUCAAGAAUGAAACUAAAGUUUCAGCAGGUGAGGUUCCCUUUUCAGGCUGUUGUGGCACACAUAUGUAGUGUGACAGAUUUUUACCUUCACAAAUUGGAUAUAGUUACAGCGGAAGGAAUGAAACUAUUUGAGAGUUACAUGCAAAGUUUUUACUCGAACAGAAACAACCACUGUGUGAAGGAAGGAAAUGCUGGGAGUAUUGCUUGUGUUUACUCCUCUGUCACUGAACUGUACUGCCGAGCCAUCAUUUUAGAAGCUGGAGUUGAUGACUGUUUUGUGCAAUUGGUUGAUUAUGGGCACUUUGAGAAAAUAUCAUUGAAAGGCAUCCUCCACCUGCCAGUCGAGUUUCUUUUCUUCCCUGUAUUCAGUAUUCAUUGUCAGCUUAAUGGUUUUGAACAAGAGAAUACAAUGGAAGAGGCCACGAAAAUUUUCCGAAGAAUGGUGGCUUUUAAUGAUGUUUGGACCAUUGUUGAAGGUAUAGGUACUCCUGAGUGUUCUACCUGGGAUUAUUUAUUUUCUGUUGAUCUCUGUGUAUUCAGUGAUACUGGACUACUGAACAUUUCCCAGCAUUUGCUGAAGAUGAGCAAUAAAUUUGGUGUUGUCUCUAAUUGGGAUCCAAUGCAGACUGAUUACCUUUCAUCUCAGAACAAGUAUCAUAAAUUGGAAAUAAGAGCAAGAUCUUAUUAAUUUCAUGGAUGACUGACUAUAUGUGUUCGUAACGUGACAUCACAAAAUGAUGAAUAAAGGUCCUCUAGAAAAACUGAUUAAAGAACCGAAGUCUAUAUAGGCAUCAUUGCUACUAAUCGUCCUUAAUUCCCAGACAAAUCCCCGAAAAGAUUAUAGUUAUUAUGUGUCCCUGAGGGGUUAGGCUGUAAUAGAGCCACAGACUUGAUAAUCAGUAUAUACAUACUACCGAUCUAUUAAUAUAAGCUCUCUUCAUUGCCAAUGCAACACACGAGGAAGCCCCUCCCUACCACUCGGAGUUACGUAAGUUCUUAAGUGCUGCGGUUUCAGAGUGCACGGUGCCUUUUUUUGGAGCUAAGUCUACGACCAGAAAUGAUCUCUUGAAGAGCAACAACCAAAGGAUGAUCCUUCACCUCUAUGCAGAUUCUGUGAAACAUCGUAUUGUCUCUGUAGUGAUUUUGAUUUUCAAGUUGGGCAGCUGAACUGCAGAAUCAGCCUAUCCCUAUGGAACUAUAGACUGUGCAUCUUGUUAACUCUCGGUGCACUUGCGCAGCAAGGGUUACAAUACUUGGUCUGUCUGUCUGUCUGUCUGUCUGUUUAUUUCUUUGUCAAAAUUUAUUCUUGCACUACAGGCUACGAGGUGGUCUAUGAGUUAUACCAACAGCUUCAGAAUAAUGCCAGCCUAAAAAUGUAAUGGCAAUAUUCCUGAAACAACUGUGUUGCAGAGUUAUACCGUGAAAAUCCGCAAAAGAGCCAAUAUGCAUAGUUGCACUGGGCCUACCUCGACCUGAUCUGCUCACUCUGUGUACUUUGAAAGCAUAAAAAGGCACAAUGAAUGGUGUGUAUCAACUCUUGCAUGCUAUCUACUUGUGCAGCUAGCCCGUGUCAGUCUAUCCACGAGCUACUAGCAUGAAGACCACGAUUAAAUGCAUACUCAUAAAUGAUACUCACUCGGGAAAAGGGAGCAUUCGUAAUUUUGGCACAGUUUUGAGCUACAGUCAGAAUAGUAAUAAAAUAGCCUUUUUCAAAUACAAAAUGCCUAAGCACAAACUAACAUUUUUUACACCCUGACACUGAGAAUAUGAGCAUGCAACCAAUUAUUGCGUAAAAAUUUGCAUGUAUUAAAUGUUCUCCUAAUGAGGAGUUUUUCUGUAGUAACACUCUUGGUCAUUACUCAUCAAAGGUACAUGAGAUCUGAAAAGUGCCUUUAUUAGCUUGUUAAGCAGGUUAGAUAAUUGUAGUAGAAAGCUUUUUAAGACAAAUAGUUCCUCUUCCUACAGCAGGUCGCAGAUUUUAAAGAAAUCUUCUGUAUCACAUGUUAUUUGAGGCCCUUUUUUCGGGUAAAAAAACACCCUUAAAAUGAAAAAAGUGUUUAAAUGUGGGGUAAAUGUGUGAUGAAUCAACUGAUGUUUCAAUAAGUAAACACAUCAUUCCUUUUACUCAUGUGGUCACAUCUAACAAUAGUGUUAAGCUAUCAGAGACUUGAAAUACCGGAUGGUUGAGCAGACCCUUAAGAGUGCUCUUCUCUCUGAGUAUGGGACAGGAAUUUAGAAGGUUACGGGUGAUAGGGAGGUUGUGUCACCACAAGGCUGAAGAAGAGCAACCCCGUGAUGCUGACAAUACAAUCACAUGCUUUCAAUCGGCACUGCACAAUAUUUUCUGUACCCAAAAAUUUCUUGUGGAAAUCUUCAAGCUCUGUCAUUACAGUUCAGCAAAGCAGGCUGCUUUCAAAGAAAUGCACAGAGAGCAAUAGUUCGGCUGUCCAGUAGUCCCCUUUUCACAAUUAUGUUAACUUUAGAAGCGAUUUGCUCACCAUGUGAGAAAGGUUAACCUUCAUAUUGACCCGCAUACCACAGCACACAUCUCGGCAUCUCAGCCUUGAUUCAGCGGCACUACUGGAUAUAUUGUAGCCCUACAGACUGCUAUGGGGUUUGAGGGGCUCAGAGGCUCAAUAGUGCUCUGGGUUUAAGCUGUGCGUACUUCGUAUGAGCAGACCUUCUUCAAACGACAGGACUGCACCCCACCCAGGUUCAGUGCUGUUGCAGCUUAUAAGUUGGAAUAUGUAUACUGUGUGCAUUGUUCUACGCGGUCACUCAGUCUGCACUGAGAGCAGCUUACAUCACGGAGCAUGCUUUGGAAAUCUUGGAAGUCGAGUUGUUUAAAGGAAUGUGGUCACAUUGGCUACUUCCGAUAUAAGAAAAUCUCUGUAUACUAUGACUGCACCCAGUGAAGGAAGCUAUCUGUGUCAGCAAUCCGGUGAAGAGAGCAGCACAACGCAAGAGUCACACAUUCAUUUUAGCAUGAACUGGAAGAAUUAAGGCACUAAUUACAUCUUCUGGAGUUGAGGCACAGGUUACAUUUGCUGUAAUCCCUCCACAUUUGUAAUAGAAUGGACACCAUAAUCACCAUUCACAUCUCUAGAAGGCGAAGCUACACUGUUAUCUGCAUGCAUCAACGAGGUUUCAAAGCAAAGGCAAAACAAACACAAUUAUACUCCGGACCACCAAAGGAAAGAAGACCUGCCAUCGGUGGGAUUCAAACCCAAGACAUUCUGCAGUCUAGGCGAACACUCUACCAUCUGAGCUACUACCACGCACAACCAAACAGUGAAAUAUAGAAAAGCAAGGAGACAAGCCAAGGAUGACCACGUGUAUGUGAUGCAGUUGUACAAUGGAUGAUAACUACAUUCUUUAAACUGACAUUGCUUGCUCAUG